AUGUUUCGAAGAACUGCUAUGGGAACAUAUGUCAUUGCAAAGAUCAAGAAAGAAGACGGAAAUACUUAUGUCUUGUUGAAUGGGAUGGGUGCCACACCAGAAGGAAAUGUUCCAUACCUCGAUUUAAAUACUGGGAGUAAAGAACGGAUAUGGGAGAGCGACAGGGAAAAGUACUAUGAAACUGUUGUUGCACUGAUGUCAGACAAAACUGAUGAGGAACUGUCCCUUGAUCAGUUAAAGAUACUUACGUCGAAAGAAUCAAAAACAGAAAACACACAAUAUUACUUGCAGACUUGGCCAGAAAAGAAUCAAGUUAAGAUCACAAAUUUCCCCCACCCAUAUCCUCAGCUUGCUUCCUUGUAUAAGGAAAUGAUAAGAUACCAGCGGAAGGAUGGAGUUCAACUUACAGCAAACUUAUACCUGCCCCCAGGGUUUGCUAUUCUGUCUGGUCCAACAAUCCCAAUUAUUGGUGAAGGUGAUGAAGAGGCCAAUGACAGAUAUGUGGAACAACUAGUAGCAAGUGCAGAGGCUGCAGUUGAGGAAGUUGUCAAAAGAGGGGUGGCUCACCCUGAUAAAAUUGCUGUUGGUGGUCAUUCGUAUGGUGCAUUCAUGACAGCUAUUCUGCUGGCUCACGCUCCUCAUCUUUUCUGCUGCGGAAUUGCUCGCUCUGGAGCUUACAACAGGACUCUAACUCCGUUUGGUUUUCAGAACGAGGAUAGAACACUCUGGGAGGCAACAAGUACAUAUGUCGAGAUGAGCCCUUUCAUGUCUGCAAACAAAAUCAAGAAACCAAUUUUACUUAUCCAUGGAGAGCAGGACAACAAUUCUGGGACACUGACAAUGCAGUCAGACCGAUUCUUCAAUGCCUUGAAAGGUCAUGGUGCGCUAUCUCAUUUGGUCAUACUUCCUUUUGAGAGCCAUGGGUACUCUGCUAGGGAGAGUAUGCACGUCCUCUGGGAGACCAAUAGGUGGCUGCAGAACUACUGUGUAAACGGUACUAGCAAGGUUGACUCAGUGGCAGAGGCUGACAGUGAAAACAAAACAUUGUCAGCUAGUGGUGGCAGUGCAGCCCGUGAAGGUCUAAACCCUGAGGGACUCUCAUCAUUACCACGAUCGCUUCUGUGCAAGCCUAAAGGGAAAAAUAAAGUGUAUCGUUGCACUUGUGCCAGAACUGGUGCUCCUUACCGUCUACCAGGGAUGGCUUGA